AACUAUGCGGAGUUCAAUUCCCUAUUUUUGUUUACAUUCUGGAUGACCGGGUAUUAUUUCAACCAAGUUGUUGCCAUGUUUCUAGGCCUGGCGUACAUGUUUAUCCGUCACUGGUACUUUUCUGCAUAUUCAGAAGCUGCUAAAAAAAGACAAAACUGUGUAGAGUUUGAUCCCCUCAUAAUGGUUACAUUUUGGCUAGCAGUGUCAUAUUUCAACCAAGUUUUUGCCAUGUUUCUAGGUGUGGCAUACAUGUAUGCCCGUCAUCAGUACUUUUCUGGAUAUUCAGAAGCUGUUAAAAAAAGGGUCUUUGCAAACCGCUUUCUGGAUGAAUGUCUGCACUUCCACAUUGCCGAGACACUGAAGGAGCACUUCAAAGGCUUCCCCUCCCCUUCCUCUAGCACGUUGUAGCAGUUGUUUUUGCCCUAAAGACAACACAGUAUCAACUAGUUAUUUUAAAAACAAUAAAAAUCUUAUCCCCCCUGCC